AUGGAUGCUCAAACCGAUAGUUCGAAAGUGAAAUAUCAAGAAAAAAGUGAGAAUUGUGAAUGUAAUGAUACAGACGAUAGUAAAUUUCGGGAAAAGGAGGUGACUAUCGAGGAUACGGAUGCGGAAAAUUACAAGUGCUAUAAAAAUAGUGAAAGGACACAAAAUGGGGCCGAGUUUCAGAAAAUGCUUCCAGAUGAUCUGGAGGCUAUGUUCAAGGAGAUGCCGCUGACUAAAGAUACUACCUGUGGGUUUUGGUUCUUCAAGGGCCCGCUUCUGCAAAAAUUCGCCAACAAAAAAGCGUACGUCUUCCUGUACGGCGUCGUCGGUUGCAUAUUUUCCGCAACGUAUGCCUACUUCAACGGAACGAUUACCACCCUGGAGAAGCGGUACAAGAUUCCGAGCAAAAACACCGGCAUCAUCUCCGUCGGUAACGACAUCAGUUCACUGUUUCUGUCGGCCAUCCUCAGUUACUAUGCCGGCAAGGGCCACCGGCCCCGGUGGAUAGCGUUCGGGUUGUUCACGAUCGUCAUGUUCUGCUGGAUGACGGCCCUACCGCACUUGCUAUACGGUCCGGGUGAAGCGGCACUGAUGCUGACCACCGAGUAUGGGGCGACGUACGACGAGAACCAGACCAAGGAAGUGUUUGAGGCCCAGAAGGCGAAAACACUUUGCCGUGGUAACGGUACGCGAGGGGCGGAAUGCGAAACUGAGGAAGGAAAUUUUGCCCCACAAGCGAUCCUGUUUGUAGCGCAGUUUAUUUCCGGAGUUGGCAGUUCACUUUACUACACACUAGGGGUUUCCUACAUGGAUGACAAUAUUAAAAAAUCUAAAACACCGGCUUUGGUUAGUGUCUCCUACUUCCUGAGAAUGCUUGGACCGGCUAUCGGUUACACGCUUGCUUCGUACUGUUUGGGUUUGUACAUCUCACCUUCUAUGACCCCGACGAUUACCAACAAAGAUCCCCGAUGGCUUGGAGCGUGGUGGAUUGGAUGGCUGGUACUGGGGCUGGUUCUUGGAUUUUUCGCCAUUUUCAUUGGCAUGUUCCCGAAGCAGCUUCCAAGAGCGGCGAUUCGCAAACGAAUCGCAGUCGAAAAGCAAAAACUUGGAAUGAAACUAAGCGAGGCGAAAAAAGAGGACGAACUGCCAGCCUCUUUUAAGGAUAUGAUUAAAACGUUUAAACGAUUAGUGAAAAACAAAAUUCUAAUGCUAAACAACAUCGCUUCGGUGUUCUACUUCUUCGGCUUUAUGCCGUACUGGAUCUUCACUCCGAAGUACAUCGAAACCCAAUACAAACAGUCCGCAUCGACAUCAAGCUUGGUCACGGGAACCGUGGCUUUAGGUUUCUCUGCAAUUGGAGUCCUUCUUUCGGGGAUUGUGAUAUCCAAAUUCAAACCGAGAGCUCGCUACAUGGCCGCUUGGAACGUUCUUGUCGGUGUCCUGUCCGUGAUGGGAAUGGUUGCGUACGCAUUUCUAGGAUGUAAGGCUAGUGAAAAUUCUGUAAUCGUAAAUCAUUCCUCGCCAACCGAUAUUGGCACCUGCAACUCUGCCUGUCAAUGUGAUUACGUGAAAUAUUCGCCCAUUUGCGGAGAAGAUGGUAACACUUACAUCUCGGCGUGUCACGCAGGAUGCAAACAGCAAUACCAAAUCGGUGACCUUAAGACCUACGACGAAUGUGCCUGCAUAAUGGGCAGAAACUACUCCGCCCAGAAUCCUAUUUACGAGAGGUUGGUGUCGUUCAACAGCAGCAUAACGUCUCCCUACUCGCUCGCUCAGGAUGCACUGCCCACAGUCGCGGGCGGUAAGGCCGUUGCCGGACCGUGCCCGCUGGACUGCAAGCGGGAGUUUAUCACAUUCCUGGUGGUGAUGUGUUUCCUAAAAUUUUCCGGCGCCACCGGGCGGGCAAGUAAUUUCCUGGUGUCGGUACGGUGUGUCGACGAGAAGGACAAAACCGUCUCGAUGGGCUUCGGCAUGAUGCUGCUCAGUUUGAUGUCCUUCAUACCGAGUCCGAUCUUUUUCGGCCUGGUGCUGGACAAAACCUGCCUGGUGUGGGGAAAGACAUGCUCCGGGAAGGGCAACUGUUGGCUCUACGAUGGCGAAUCUUUGCGGUAUCUGCUCAAUUUUAUAGCAGCAGCUUUUGUCCUCGUGGGGACACUCUUCGAUUGCGGUGUGUGGUAUUAUGUGAAGGAUCUGAAAAUAUUUGACGAGGAAGUGAAAGACAAGGAGAUUGAUCUGGCCGAAAAGGAGGAAGAAGUCAUCACGGAUCGACCUGCGUAG